GCUUUGAUAAAAAUCCAAAAAAAAUCAAUUUAAUUUUUGCUCUGUUUUAUUAUUAAACACGACUUGUUAUUUUGACUGAUAUAAUAUUAGUGUUUUCGUAUACAAUUGUAACUAGUAACUAUUCACUGAUUUGUGUUCAAGCCAAAUAGUUUUGUUGCUAAUUUAAUGUUACUCGAACGUUCAUUUACAAUUAAGUGAUUUUUAAAAAAAAUUGUUAUCAAACAAUCGUUUUAACUAAAUACUGCAUAGAGGCAAUAUCGGCGCGAAAAAGACGUCCAGGAUGGCUACUUUGCCUUCCCCAAAAGAAGUAGCUGGAACACACUUUCCCAUUUAUGAAGCUCUUUAUACAUUGGUUGACCCCACAAAUAAAGGGAAUGUUGGUGCAAUGGAUGCUGCAAAUUUCUUAAAAAAAUCUGGCCUAUCUCAAGUCGUACUUAGCCAGAUAUGGGAUUUGUCUGACCCGGCAGCAAAUGGUUUUCUAACUAAACCUGGAUUUUUUGUAGCCCUUAAAUUAAUAGCGUUAGCACAAGCUGGACAAAACAUAUCUUUAAUGAAUAUUACACACCAAAUUCCGCCACCAAAUUUGGGUGAAGUAUCUAAAUUAGUUGCUAGCAAAAUCGUAGCACCAUGCUCAGCAACAGCAUCCAGCAAUAUGAAUGACUGGGCCAUGAAGCCAUCUGAGAGAAUGAACUAUGACAAAUUGUUUGAAUCGUUAAGGCCUGUUAAUGGAACAGUAGCUGGAGAUAAAGUUAAAGGGUUGCUUAUUGAUUCCAAACUGUCGGUGGAUACCUUAGGUAAAAUUUGGGAUUUAGCAGAUAUGGACAAAGAUGGAAAGUUAGAUCAACACGAAUUUGCUGUUGCAAUGCAUUUAGUUUAUAAAGCCUUAGAGAAGUAUGCUAUUCCAAGUGUUUUACCUGGUGAACUCUUGCCUCCAGCAAAAAGAAAAACGUCUCUUUUAGCAAGUUCACCUGUACCAAUACUACCAGUAAUUCCAUCUGGCACCCACACAAAUUUAGUUAAACAACCUCCUGUGAGACCAAUUACUCCAUCAGUUGGAAUUGUUACCUCAGCUGCAACAUGGGUUGUUACUGCAGACGAUAAAUCACGAUAUGAAACCAUGUUUUUGGAGUCUGAUGUAGACAUGGACGGAUUUGUUUCUGGGCCUGAGAUCAAAGAUAGAUUUUUAAAAACUGGCAUUCAUCAGUCUAUAUUGGCACAUAUAUGGAGUCUUUGUGACAUUAACCAACAAGGCAAAUUAGAUUUAGAACAGUUCUGUUUAGCCAUGUGGUUUGUUGAACGUAAGCUUAAAGGAAUUGAUCCGCCAACUGUACUUACAUCUGAAAUGGUGCCUCCGAGUAACAAACAUACUGCACAGAAUGUGACCGUACCAGGUCUGGAAAAUUCUUCUUUGUAUUCAAACCCUGAAUUAAAUAUGAUUCAAAAAGAUAUUGAUGAGUUAGUCAAAGAAAGGCUGAUACUAGAAACUGAGAUUACGCAAAAAGAAGCUGAUUUGAAAAUACGUACUGGUGAAGUAAAAAGUUUACAGGGUGAACUUGAUACAUUGUCUGCAACUCUUAAACAGCUGGAAAAUCAAAAGGGAGAAGCACAAAAGAGACUUAAUGAUCUCAGGAAUCAGACUGCAUUGGUAGAAAAUCAAAUUAGCAACAUCAAUCAGGAAUUAAAGGCUGAACAAGUCCAGGUUGACAACCUUCGAAAACAAGCUGAUGAACAAGAAAUCAUAUUAAAAAAUCAAGAAGCUGAACUUUCUUCUAAAAAACAAGAACUCGAAGAACUUAAAACACAAGAGCAUAAACUUGAAAAAGACCAAUCAGAUAUGAGUUUUAAGUUAGAAGAAUUGAAUAAAAUGUUGCAAAACUCACAACUACAAAUUAGUCAGGUAAAAAAUAAAGUAAAUCAAUUAGAGGAAAAUAAACAUCAAAUGGAAAAUAUGAUCGAAUCUACAGAAAAAGCAUUAGCUGAUGGAAAUAUUUAUGGAAUACCAGAUUCUUUGAUGACUUUAAAUUUAGAGUUCAGAGAUGUUGAAUGCAGUAAACUGCUUGGAAAAUUGGUUGAUAACAAAAGUUCAUUUGAAAAUGUUAACGGAUUUGGUUUGGCGAAUGAAUCAAGUAACUCUUUCAAAACUGAUUUCUUUGCGAACAAUGAUGCUUUUUCCACAAGUAGUAAAUUGGAUUCUCUUUCAAAUGAUCCAUUUGCUUCGUUAGAUGAUUCAAGAGCUAGAAGUCAAAGUACUGAUCCAUUUGGUGGUGAUUCAAACACAUCAAAAUUGACUGAUAAACAUGAAGAUAAAGAUGCAUUUGGUUGUGAUCCAUUUGCAAUAUUACAUGCUCCCACCAGACCUAAUUCAGCUCCUCCUCCACAACGACCAGAAAGCCCAACACCAGCUUUACCACCCAAGAAAGGUAAACAGCCUCCACCGAGACCGGCACCACCUAGACCAGCACCUUAUCAUGCGCCAACAUCUCAUACCAAUUCUUCAGCUAAUUCAGAGUUUGCAGACUUUUCAAAUUUUAAUAGCAAGUUUUCACAGAAUAAUAAAAUGGAUUCCAAAUUACAAUCACAAUCAAACAGUUUUGAAUUUACUGAAGAUCCCUUCAAGGACUACAGGUAUGAAGAUCCAUUUAAAAUAGAUCCAUUUUCGGAUACUGGCUUUGAUACUGAUCCUUUUGGUGAUGGAGCCUUUUCAUCGGAUGACUGCCAAAGAACACACAUUAACGACGAACAACUCGCUUGGGAAGCACAAAAAAAAUUUAGAAUUGAAGAAGAGAAAGCCCGUUUAGAACAAGAGAAAGCAGACUUUGAACUGGCAUUAAGACUAAGUAAAACGACUUCAGACAACAGGUCGAAAAUUGUAUUAUAGCUAAAAUAGAAUUGUGAAAUGCCACUACCAAAAAUUAUAUUUUGUAUUAUUAAUAUGUGUUAAUUUAUUAUUUGCUAGAUACUUGUUUAGGUAAUUUGUACCAAUUUUAUCUUUAUUAUUUUUUUUUUAUGUAAGAUAUCUAACAAAGUCCAUCAAUUUAUCUUCUAUUAUUUUGUAACCUUUUUGUUUUUUUAUCACAAUUGUUUUAUCCACAAUGUAGGUAUUUGUGUACGCCUUUAUUAUACAUAAUUUUUGUAACAGUAUGUCAGAUAUAUAAUAUUAUACAGGGUGGGCAUAAAUAUUACUAUGCCUACAGAUUUAGUCAUUUCUUUCGAAACCAGAAGAAGCAAUAUGUAAUUAACUUUGCUCAUUUUAAUUGUGAUCCAUACCAUAUUUUUAAUGGUUGAAAUGAGCGUUAAAAUAAUUAGCAUUAUGUUCAGUACAUCAACUAUUUUAACUUCUGAAUGUUAUUUUGGAUGAAUUAAACGUAAUAAAACAUAAUGUAUAAGUAUUUAAGUUAUGACAUGGUUUUGAGUUUUUGCUUUUUAAGUACUUAAGGUCGAGCACAUUGUUUAUUUGUACAUUAUAAUUAUUUUGGUGUUAAUGAAUUGUUAGCCAUCAUUUAAAAAAUGUAAUUGUUGAUAAAGGCAACCUAUAUGUUCAGUAAGUUUCCAUAUAGAUAACAGCGAGAUAUUGUGUGAAAAAAUAUUACAAAUAUUUAAUUAUAAUUAUUAUAUAUUAUAUAGUUAACUGUUUACAAUAUAACAAUAA